AUGAACGGGGCUGCUCCACUCCAGCUCAAUCCUACGAACCACUUGGGGAUCUUUUGCGGUCGGAUAUCAAAACUACCCACUAGCUUGGUAAUAGAUGAUCAUGAUCUAUCAGUGGAGAGGGACUAUACCAACGCAAAAUAUAGCCUGUUGUCCCUAUUCUCCUCUCACUUCUGGGAUGGCUUGGUUGAUCUGAUAUCGGGCGGAGGUGCGACUUCUUCCCCCACCGCAUGUGUCGAUUUGGUCGCGUUGACUAUGGUUGUUGCAAUGGGAAGUUUGGCUAAAGCAAGAUUCAUCUCGCAGUUGACAAAUGAAGAAUGUGCAAUAUCAUGCAGCUCUCCGGCAAUGCAUUCACUUCAGCUGCCAACAAUGACACCCCCUGACCAAGGUUGGGGUUCAGCCGAGGUCGGAUCGUCGAGACCAGAACACGAUGAAACCGGCCAUCAUGAGACAAUUCGACCUCCUUCCCAAAAAUGA